AUGGAGAGGCCAUGCUGCUUGAAGCUCUCCUGUUGUCAGGUGUGGAGAAGAAAAAUCCUCUCUCUCUCUCUCUCUCUCUCUCUCUCUCUCUCUCUCCUUGCUCAUCUCUUCUUCUGGGUUCCCUUACAAGUCCUCCCUUGAUUAAAUCCAGAUCUUCUUUAGCAUACUUAUAUGUAUAUAUUAAACUUAUAUAGAUAAUCUCUGAGGACUAUGAUGGAUGAUCUCUUCCCUGCGCCUGUGAUUACCUGAUCUAGCUCAUCAUUUAUUUCGAUGAUUUUACAUUAUUACUGCCGGUGACUGUGCUAUGUGAGUUAAUUCAUAGCUCGACUGUGAUUUCAACGAUCUUUGUCCUCAAAACUCUGUCUUCAUACCCAGCUUUAAGCUUCAGAGAUCAGAUUCUGUCUGUUCCAGACAAUGCAGAUGGAGUCACUGCGACCGUGCUUUGAUCCUGUUCUUUUGAGUUGACUUCCACGUUAUUCGAGUUGACUAAUGGGUCAACAUCCUCUCACAGCUUGUGGGCAAGUCCUCGUCCACCUCCGGUGGAGGGAAGAGCGGGAGGAGCCGCAUCAAGGUCACAUAUGGUUAUAGCCUGGUGAAGGGGAAGGCAAGUCAUCCAAUGGAAGACUACCACGUGGCAAAAUUCGUCCGGACAAAAAGCCAUGAGCUCGGGCUAUUUGCCAUCUUCGAUGGCCAUCUGGGAGAUUCUGUGCCCGCCUACUUGCAGAAGCAUUUGUUCACUAACAUUCUGAAAGAGGUAACUUUUCUUUAAAGCAAGGAUUUUUAUAUGAUUAAUGAGAUAUUUAAAUCUUCUAUGUUUAUGCGAGAAUUUUCCUGUUUAGGAAGAGUUCUGGACCAAUCCAGAGGGGGCCCUUGGGAGCGCCUAUGAGAAGACUGACCAGGCAAUCCUCUCUCAGAGCCCGAUCUUGGGCCGGGGUGGCUCCACGGCGGUCACUGCUGUUCUUAUAAAUGGUCGUAAGCUGUGGGUGGCCAAUGUUGGUGACUCUCGGGCGGUUCUUGUCAAACGUGGGGAGGUGGUGCAGAUCACGAUCGAUCAUGAGCCCAGCAUGGAGCGGGGCAGCAUCGAGAACAGAGGCGGAUUUGUUUCAAAUAUGCCAGGUUUUUAUUUAUAUCCCCACUGCUUGAUGAUUUUUUUUCCGCUUUGAUUUGUUGCUAAUUGUAUAUAAAUAAAUAAUGUUGGUAUUUGUUCUAAACUUAGACUGUGAUUCUGCAUAAAGCUUGAUCUAUUGUUGAUCUUUGAUGUGUAACAUAGAAUUAUAUAAAAUUUGUGGAGAAAUUAGUUUAGAUAUUGAUAAUUAAUGCUGGGUUUUAGACUCCCACCAUUAGACGAUUCAAUUUUUUCAUGUUGGUUUGUUACUAAUCACGGAAAAAAAAUUAAAUUGCUCCCAUGCUCUAAACUAUGUUGACAUGAUGGACAAUUCCGAAGAAUCAUCUUGAUGAUGGAUCGAAGGUUGUAUAAUGAAUCAGGUUGAUGAAGAAUCAUCAGAUGUGUCUUUUCUAAAAAUAAAAGUUUGGUUUGAAACUAAUCACGUAAAGUUUGUGAUGCUGAAAAUUUCUGAAGACCAUUGUGGAGAACUUCUUUGAUAUAAUAUGGUUGAUGGAAUCAUAUAACGCCUUUAAAGAUUAAGGAGGAUUCUUUGUCAAUUUCAGUUCUUCAAAUCAGUCAUUGAAGUAAGAGAUCGGAUCAUUAAACAAGUUUUGAUGUCAACUCACCCACUUUCUUUCGUUAAAUAGGGUAAAUUAUAUCCAGUUUCGGAUAUUUGAUCGAUUCUUCGUAUAAACAUUCUCUCUGUUGGCUUAGGAUGCCUUUUUACGAUAUUUAGUCAUCUUUUUAAAAAAAUCUUGGGAUCACUCUGCAAUUUAAACCAAGAAAUAGAAAUUUUUUGGUUUUAUUUUCUUGACCAUACUCUGCAGAUUUAUUUGAUUUUAUUUUCUCCAUCAGGGCUUGCACUAAUUCUUUUUUUCUACUUUUGGAAAAUUUUGUGCUUCUCAGCACUAGGGUUCCUGGAUUACUUUGGAGUGUCUUCUUUAGGUGUACGGAUGUUCAUAGGUCGCUGUUAGUUUUUCGUCAUCAUCUCAAGGACAAUAGAACACGCAAAAUACCAAAAAUCUUAAUUAUUAACAGUAAAAAUAGGGCAUUUGGAUCUGCUAGGUGUCUGCUUUUGUUAUCUGUUCGUGAAUUAUCAUCUGUUAUUUUUAGUUUUUAAUUUAAUUCUAGAUAGGUGUCAUGACAAGCGCCAUCAUCAUUAGUUGUGUAAUUCUAUAAAUCGUCUGCCCUGGUCUAUAAAUAUAAUCUCUUUUUUUGCCAAAUUUUAUUUAAUCUGUGAAGGAGGUAGGCAGAAAAUAUUGUUUUUACAAAAUUAUCUUAAAUGUUCGUCCCCAAUUCCUACUAAAAUGGGCGCCAUCUUUCUGAAGUUUUUCUCUUGAUUCCUGCCAAACAUGGGGACUGUUCCUCUUAAACCUGCCUUCUGUUGAAAAAUAGAGAGGGCCUAAAUUUAUUAUUAUUAUUAUUAUUCAAAAUUUUAUUUGAUCCGCAAAGGGCAUGCACUCUCUCUCUCUCUUCCCUCAGUGGGCAGGUUUUGUCCCUUUCCUCUCUAUCAGAUGGCUCUUGCCCUCUAUUUCUCCUGUGGAGGCUCGUCUUAUGGGCCUCAAUCCUGUGUUCUUAUGCAGAUGAUGCUCUUCUAGUCUAGGAGUUUCCUAAAUUAGGAUAUAUUUGGGCCCUGAGAUAGAAAUUCUAUUGACCCGAGCUCUCUCCGCUGUAAUUGCUACCCCUUGAUGGUGCUCAUUAUGAUCGAAGAUGGGCUGUUUUUUCCUCAUCAUAUGCCCCUUUUAUUUGGCCAGAGACUUUCCAAAAUGGUUUGUGAGAGCAGAGGAGAGAGAAGCAGAUGCAAGGAAACUAACUCUUUUGAGUGGGGGUUCUUACCAGGCGAUGUCCCGAGGGUCAACGGUCAACUUGCCGUGUCCCGGGCCUUCGGGGACAAGUCUCUCAAAUCCCACCUGCGAUCUGAUCCUGACACCCGGUUUGAGGACAUUGACACCACUACAGAGCUCCUCAUCCUCGCCAGUGACGGCCUCUGGAAGGUACCCACUUACUCACUCCUAACCCAUUUUUUCCCCAAGUAUAGAAUUUUCAGUCACCAUCAUCACCAUCAUUAUCAUCUCUCUCUCUCUCUCUCUCUCUCUCUCUCUCUCUCUCUCUCUCUCUCUCUCCCGAUAUACAGUUCAUGAGCAACGAGGAGGCAGCAGAGAUUGCCCGCAGGUUCAAAGACCCACGAACUGCUGCCAAGCAGCUGACUGCCGAAGCAUUGGAAAGAGAAAGCAAGGAUGAUAUAUCCUGCAUCGUCGUCCGGUUUAAGGCAUGA